AAAGCCGCAGAAUUAAACUGACAAUUUUCUUCCAGGAAACCUCAAUGGAUCCAAGACUAUACAGCUCUGCAAAAACAGGCAACAUAUGUCUCCUCAAGCAACUUCUCAACGAAAAUCCAAGCCUAAUUCUAAAGCUAACCCCCCAUGGAAACACACCCCUCCACAUUGCUGUGCGUUUCGGACACAAAAACAUUGUUUCUGAGAUCUAUAAUAGACAAUCCUCCCUCCUCACACAAGAGAACUUUGAUGGAGACACACCUCUACAUGUGGCUGCAAGGGUCGGUCACUUUUCUGUAGUUGAUUUUCUGGUCGCAGAGGUUAUGUAUUCAUCGCAAAGAGAUAUUGAAAACGGAGGAAACUUCAGGGUUGAGAUAUUGAGAUUGAGAAAUGGUGGAAAUAACACAGUGCUGCAUGAAGCUGUGAAGAACCAUCACCUUAGAGUGAUCGAAUUGUUGAUACAGGUUGAUCAAGAAUUGGCUUGUUUCACGAACAGUGCAGGCGAGUCCCCCUUGUACUUGGCUGCUAGAGAUGGAAGUCGAGAAAUUAUGAAGCGGAUACUGAUGUUGGCUCCAUCAUAUGCUCAUGGAGGACCAAAUGGCCAAACGGCUUUGCAUGCUGCUGUGAUUGAGGGGAAUUUUGAUAUCAUGGAAAUGAUGCUGAGAGUAAAACCACAACUAAUUAAAGAGUCGGACCAUCAUGGCAGAACUCCACUCCACUACGCGGCAUCCUUGGGAGACCACAGGACUGUUCGAGAGUUACUGAAACUCAAUACUGCUGCCACAUAUAUAUUGGAUAAAGAUGGUCACUCACCACUUCAUGUUGCAGCAAGUGAAGGCCAUAUCAGAGUAAUUAGAGAAAUUAUUCAAUGUUGCCCUGAUUCUGGAGAACUGCUGAACUUAGGCGGUCAAAAUGCUCUUCAUGUUGCGACCCUAAAUGGGAAAGUAAAUGUAGUACGUUACAUGCUACAGACAGAAGAGGUAGAGGGGCUCAUAAACCAAGCAGAUAGCAAUGGGAACACUCCUUUGCAUUUGGCUAUCAUGGGGAGAAAAACCUGGAUUGUCCGUUACUUAAUCUGGGAUGGGAGAGUUGAUCAAAGAGCCAAGAACAAGAGUGGACAGACAGCACUUGACAUCGACGAGUCAAUCUGGGGGCAUUUUCAAACAUUUCCAAGGAAAUCAAGCAUUUGGAGAUGCUCCAGCAUCUCACGUUCAUGGAUCAUUAGAGAAAAGUUCUCCUCGAAGGGAAACCAACAAGAAGAAGCAGCAGCUGCUACAGUGAGCUACAGGCAAAUGGGUCACACCCUUUUGAUGGUUGCAACACUAAUUGCCACAGUCACAUUUGCAGCCGCAUUCACAAUGCCUGGUGGCUACAACAACGAUGUUGGCUCUGACCAAGGGUUAGCUCUUCUCCGAACAAGGGAAACUUUCAGGUGGUUCAUCAUUUCCGACAGUGUUGCCAUGAGCUGCUCCAUAAUUGCUGCUUGCAUCAUAUUCUGGGGUUCCAUCAUCGCUAAAGAAUCCUAUUUUUACUACUUUACAAGUGCUACUGUCCUAACAUACAUUGCAUUACACUCUACUGCCGUCGCUUUCACCACAGGUUCAAGUCCAAAUUUAUCAGAGGAUGGAAAAGAAGCUGCUCUAGAUAACACAAUUCUAAAUUAG